AUGUUUCUUUUCAGAACCAAGUUUUUUAUGCACGGUAACUACCAACUAGCAUAUUGCCCGAUCGCUCAGAUAAUCUCGUUCGCUUUCCGUGACGAGGCUUUUCGGCUAAGAGUUCCUAAGCAUAGUUCAUCUCUUCCUCUUCGGUGGAAACUAGAAGUUCUGAACACCCCUAUUCUUCGACGCUUUAAGCGCACUCCGUACGGUUACGAACUCUAUAAGUCUUUAUCGAUAACUUAUGAAUCAAGUCGGCAAGCCCUUAAAGAGUUAGGCCGAGACGCUAAAUUCGAAGACGAUAUUAGACACUACAACUUUCGCUGUUAG